GCAUGUGAUUUCAGAGUCCUUGCGGACAGAAUGACACGAUGGAUGAUGGGGGCAACCCCUUCCUUCCAGACAGUAUUAUUUACCAGAUCUUCUUGAGCCUGAGCCAUGAAGAUGUGCUAGCUGCAGGGUUGGUGUGCCGCCAGUGGCAGGCAGUAUCUCGAGAUGAGUUCCUGUGGAAGGAGCUGUUUUACUGAUACUACCAGGUGGCCCGAGAUGUUCCUCGUCAUCCAGCUGCUGUCUCCUGGUAUGAGGAGUUUCAGAGACUCUAUGACACCAUUCCCUGUGUGGAAGUACAGACCCUGAGAGAACACACUGAUCACGUUCUCCACCUCAGCUUUUCACACACAGGAUACCUGUUUGCAUCCUGUUCCAAGGACUGUACUGUAAAGAUCUGGAACAAUGACCUGGCCAUCUCACUUCUGCACAGCUCCAACAUGAGGCCUUACAACUGGAGCUAUACCCAAUUUUCCCAGUUCAACCAAGAUGACACACUGCUCCUUGUGUCAGGAGUCUUCCUGGGGCCCCACAACUCUUCAUCAGGAGAGAUUGCUGUCAUCAGCCUGGACAACUUUGCUCUCCUCUCACGAGUCCGAAACAAGCCAUAUGAUGUGUUUGGAUGCUGGCUCAAUGAAACCAACCUGAUCUCUGGGAAUCUACAUCGGAUUGGAGACAUCACAUCCUGCUCUGUGCUUUGGCUCAACAAUGCAUUUCAGGAUGUCGAGUCAGAGAAUGUUAAUGUGGUGAAACGGCUCUUCAAAAUCCAGAACCUUAAUGCCAGCACAAUCCGCACUGUGAUGGUGGCCGACUGCAGUCGCUAUGAUACCCCUGACCUCCUGCUGGAUACUGGACCCCAGCCAGCUUCUGUCGCCACCUCACCUUGUCGGGUUUUUGACCUGGGUAGUGAUAAUGAGGAAGAGGAAGGCUGGGUCCGACCCCCACCUGAGGCCCAGCCCCGUCGGGGCCCCAGGGAAGGGCUCCGGCGCUUCCUAGAUGAUAUUAUGGAGGGCCGGGCACGACCUGUCUUGUCAGAACAGGAGCUGGAGAGCAAAGUUGCGGAGUUUCUGGCCCAAAACCGGACCAAAGCCCCAGAGGCCAGCAGAGAGAACAGCGACAAGAAGAAAUAUUUGAUCUUCACCACUGGCUGCCUCACAUAUUCUCCACACCAGAUAGGAAUUAAGCAGAUUCUGCCUCACCAGAUGACAACAGCAGGGCCAGUGCUGGGAGAGGAGCGACGUUCAGAUGAUGAAUUCUUUGACUCGUUGGAUCAUGUGAUCGACAUCCAUGAACACAUCAUUGGGAUGGGUCUAUCACCUGACCACAGGUACCUGUAUGUCAACAGCCGCUCAUGGCCCAGUGGCUCAGUGGUGUCAGACCCCAUGCAGCCACCACCUAUUGCUGAGGAGAUUGACUUACACGUGUUUGACCUUAAGACUAUGAAGGAAGUGAAGAGGGCUCUCAGGGCCCACCGUGCCUAUACACCCAAUGAUGAGUGCUUCUUCAUCUUCCUUGAUGUCAGCAGGGAUUUUGUUGCCAGUGGUGCAGAAGACCUACAUGGCUAUGUCUGGGACCGACACUACAAUAUCUGCUUAGCCAAGCUCCGGCAUGAGGAUGUGGUCAACUCUGUGGCCUUUAGCCCCCUGGAACAGGAGCUGUUGCUGAGUGCCAGUGAUGAUAAUACCAUUAAAGUAUGGCGGUCACCUCGCACUGUGCGCAUCCACCAAGUCUCCCGUCCAUGGCCCCGUCCACUCUUCUUCUCCUGGUUGGGCAGCCAAAAGAGCUGAGGAACCCCAUAUAGCUAUCUUGAACUCACUAGUUCUUCUGAGGGGCAGAUACCUUGGUUUACAGGAGAUUGUUCUAAGUGCCCAGGCUAUCAACAAACCAGAGAGAAGCAACAGUCAAGAUUUGUGUGGCUGGUCUGACAAAUUAGGACUAAGUCCUCCACCAAGUGAUGACUCCCAUCUUGUUCUCCUUCAAAUCCUAGUUCAGGAACUGAUUUUGGAGAGUCCGCCAAGUGACAGUGGCUGUCACACACUUGCUCAGGACCCUAUUUUUGUUGAUGGCAGUUUGGUACUGAUCUGAAGAAUCCUUUCCCAUUCUUGGGCUUGCAGUAGUUCUGCCACAAGAUGAGCCCCAGCCAUUAACAUGAACUGUUUGGGGGGCAUCGUCUGUGUAUGACAGCAAUGUUGGCAGAAUUAUAGGAGAAAGAAGAGUCCAGACACAGAGUGCUUC